UUUGCAGAAAUACAAACACAAUAAGAUCGUUUGAAAGUGACAAAUCAGGCUAUACAUAUAGCUUCGUUAUCUACUGCACCAUAUUUUUUUUUUCUUCAUUUGCUAUUAAUAUAUUCUCUGUAUAGAUUAAUCCAAUGAUACUCGAAGGACAUAUUUACGAAGCACUUGUUACGGAUAAUCCACUCGUUCUAAAAGAAAAUAAUAUUGAUUCUAAAAUACUUCAAAUUCCAACAAAAGAUGGACAUUUUGCUUUGCAUGUGGCUGCUUUAAACAAUAGUGUUCAAUGUCUUCACUAUCUUGUUAGUUUACAAGACGUGGACAUUAAUAUGUAUAAUCAGCAUGGACGAACACCCUUGCACCUUUCAGCGUUUCGUGGUCACCUUCGUAUUGUACAUUAUUUACUUUCUUUACCUGCUAUACAAGUGAACCAAUUAACAAAGGGUAACGGUUGUUCUGCUAUUUAUCUUGCUAGCUGUGCAAAACACCCAACUAUCAUCCAAGCCCUUUUGAAAGCAGGAGCUGAUCCCAAUUUAGUUACCAUGUCGAAUAGUACACCGUUAAUUGCAGCUUCAUUCUCCGCUCAUUUUGUAUCUGUUCAAAUGCUUGUUGAUGCCGGAGCUACUCCUAAUUUUCAAAAUAAUAAGGGAUAUUCAGCGUUACAUAUAGCAGCAUGUCAAGGUUCCGAAGAAAUAUUCAAUUAUUUAUUAUCUCGUAAUGGUGAUUCAUCCUUACAAGAUAUACAAGGAAAUACACCUCUUCAACUUUUGGAAACUUAUAAAAACUCAGAUUCUUCAAUUAUGGAAACAAACACUAGCAACUCACAUUUUUAUACAACACAAAGUGAAAAAACUGAACCGACAAAUGAUAACUUUAGUAGUCAAAAUGAAAGCAUCUUUCCUCAAAAGAAUACUUCUUCAACUGAUUUAAAACAUAAAGUGCCGAGAAAUAGUCGAAGAAAAUUGCAAAAAACGUUAUUCAAAGAACGCACUCGUGAUAGUAGUACACAAAGCGGAAGUCACAGUGUUGGUGGUUUAUCAGAAAAAAGUCAUGAAACCACUGUUACCGAAAUUUUAGCUUAAAUGAGUUAACGCAUUUUAUGUUUCUUGUCAAUCGAAAAAAAAAGGAAA